AUGAAGUUAGAUACCAAGGCUAUGCGGUAUUUGACCGCCGAAGACUGGCGCACACUCACAGCCGUCGAACAUGGCUCCAAAAACCAUGAAGUGGUACCUACCAAACUCAUCGAACAAUUAUCAGGUCUCCGAGGCGGGGUUCACAGAUGCAUAUCAGCCCUCGCAAAAAUCAAUUUGAUCGCACGACUCAAGAACGCCAAAUACGAUGGUUAUCGUCUUACAUAUGGAGGACUCGAUUAUCUUGCCCUCCAUACAUAUCAGAAACGCAAGGAUGUAUACAGUGUAGGAAAUCAGAUUGGUGUUGGAAAAGAGAGUGAUAUCUUCGUGGUGGCGGAUGAGAAGGGAGUGCAGAGGGUACUGAAGAUUCACCGAUUGGGACGAAUAUCAUUUAGAACGGUCAAGGCGAAUCGAGAUUAUCUACGCCAUCGAUCUUCGGCAUCAUGGAUGCAUAUGUCACGAUUAGCAGCAUUGAAGGAAUUCACGUUUAUGACGGCUCUGCGAGACAAUGGAUUCCCGGUCCCGGAACCACUUGCACAAUCUAGACAUACUAUAGUCAUGUCCUUGAUUGACGCAUUUCCCAUGCGUCAGAUAUCUUCCGUCCCAGACCCAGCGUCUCUUUAUGCCGAACUUAUCUCCAUGAUCCUUCGCCUAGCGCAAUAUGGCCUUAUCCACGGUGACUUCAACGAAUUCAACAUCCUACUCAAGGAGGAAACCAACCCAGAAGACCCCGAAGAGCCAGUCACUUUGACUCCUAUCCUUAUUGAUUUCCCGCAGAUGGUUUCUGUGGAUCAUGCGAAUGCGGAAUUCUACUUUGAUCGAGACGUUAAUUGCAUCAAGCGUUUCUUCAACCGACGAUUCCAUUUUACAAGCACUGAAAAGGGCCCCCAUUUCAAGGAUGCUCGCAAACUCAUAGGUAAGGACGGUGUGCGACGGCUAGAUGUGUCUGUCGAGGCAUCUGGAUUCUCAAAGAAAAUGGCGAAAGAGCUCGAGGCAUACAUGAAAGCGGUAGGCGUUGAUGGUGAUGGCGAACCCGGGGCGAAAAGAAGUGAUGAUGAAUUUGACGAUGAUGACGAUGAUGACGAUGAUGACGAAGAAGAGGUAGAAGAGGUAGAAGAGGAGGCUGCGGAUAGCCAUGAAGGCGAUAAUCAUGCAGAUCCUGAGAAUAAGGAGCAGCAGAAUGAAGGGACUGUGGAGAUAGAACCGAAGGAAGAUGCAGGACCGUUAGAUGGUGGCAAGGAGGAACUCUCAUUGUCCAAUCUUAAGAUUGAGGAGAAAACUUGA